AUGGCCUCCGUCCUGAGCAAGCGCCAACAGGCGCGCAACGAAAAGGCGCUGCAGGAACUUGUGGCCAAGGUGCCCGGUAACAACUCUUGCGCCGAUUGCCAGGCCCGUAACCCAGCGUGGGGCAUCAUGGAGCACAGGCCCUCUCCGCAAUCCGCAACAUCGAACAACCCCUUUGACAUGUGGCCGGCGCAGCCUCAGACGGCGCAAUCCACCGGAACACUCCAGAACAAGAACCCUUACAUCGGCGCGAACCCCUUCGGAGCCUCACUGCAGCAGCAGGACAUCAGUCAGGCCUUUGGCAACAUGUCUCUGGCGCCGCCACCAGCCCAGCCUCUCUUUCCCAAUCAUACCGGGGGUGUAUCUCAGCCCACCUACGAUCACGCCGCGGCAACGCCUCCGAUGCCACAGGCACCACAGACCUACGCGCCCAUGAAUUUUAAUAGUAAUAUGACAUACCCGCAGCCCGUCCAGCAGCAACCCACAGGAAGCAACCCCUUCUUCACGACACAAUCCCAACUCUCGAUGCCACAGCAGAAUCUGGCCGUCAACACCAUCACAAACUCGUCUGUCGGCUUUGCCAACAAUCCUUUCGCACGUUCGCCCACCAGGAUUCAGUCGCCACCCCUUGGACAGAUUCCGGAGCAGUCGCAGUCGAAUUUCUACAAUUCCCCACAGCCGCUCUCGCCGUCAGUUGGCAAUCCGUUCUUCACGCAAGCGCAGAUCCAGCAGCAGCAGCAGCAGCAGCAGCAGCAGCAGCAACCAUUUCAGCCACAGCCCCAGCCUCAACAGCAAGUCCAGCCUCAACAACACUUCCAGCAGCAGCAGCAGCAGCAGCCGCAGCUGCCCCAGUUCCAGCAGCAAUUUCAGCCCUUCCAGCAACAAGGGCACUACGCUCCGUCGCAGCCCACGUACCAGUAUGCCCAGCGAGCGGAUAAAGCCUCCAUCAUGGCUCUCUUCAAUCAACCACAGCUCGCUCCACAACAGACAGGCAACCCAUACGCACCUCAGACUGGGGCUGCGGCGCCCAGUUUUGAGAACCAAGUCAAUGCGGCACCGGCGCAGGCACAGACCGCCCAACCACAGCUCCAGCAGCCGAUGCGCAGCGUGUCGAUGCCACUGGCCAGCAGCAGCAACAACCCUUUCUUCGCAGGCAGUGUGCCUACGGCGCAGGCGACCCCGGUGACAGCUCCGGCACCCGCAGCCCCCGCUGUCCAUGUCGGCGCGCAGCAGCAAAAGGCACACGUCAGCCGCGAGAGCAUGGCGUUUGCAGACAUGAACUGGGCCAACGGACGUCACAGUCCCGAUGCGUUUGCCAGUCUCAGUUCGAGGCACUUGUGA